AUGAGAGAACCAGAGGAAGACCCUGCCCGUGGCAUUCACCUUCAUCAGAUCCCUGAGCUAUCUGAGGCUUUAGAAGCAGGUGGCAUCAAUAUUACAGUUUGCAUCUCCGUUGCAUCGGAGGGCACCAUCAAUACACUGCCCACUGGCACACUGGAACUGGGACUCCGAGCAUACAGGGCAAUUGAGCUCAUCACUGUGGUCUUCACAUUCAGUAAACCCAUCACACCGCCAAGCCACAGGGAUACAGUCAAUUUCUCCGGUGAAACAAUAUAUCAAGCCAUGACCAAACACAAAGUCCACCGCAGCUGCAUCCUCCAAGCCUCCAACUACAAUCGUAGCAUUCUCUUUGCCAUUUGUAGCAUCAACCAAUCGAGCGCACAGAAACUGCAGGCCAGGAGGCUCCUCAGGACGGCCCCCAUCUUCCCUUCUCGCGUUCUCUUCUCUCACCGGCGAGGGGCGGCCAGAAAAGGGGGAGGCGAGGAGCCGGGGCGGCCGCCGCAGCGGCAGGUCUGCACGCUCAUGCUUCCCAGCUUUCCAGAGAGAGAAGAAAGAAAGGGGCACGUCAAGGCUCCGCGCGCGCCGCCGCCGCCGUCCUCUCUACCGCGCCGCUCUGCCGGGGGCUCGCGCGACGCCAGCGUCUGCUUCCAUCCCGCCGCCUCCUCCCCCGGCGCCCCGCUUCCCCCGCGCAGUUCCUCAUUCAGCCUCUUCCUCUCACGCAGCGGCGCAGGGAUACCGCGGUCCCGCCGCCGCCACGGGUCGCCGCGAAGGUCUCCCUGCGCGCGGGCGAGCCCCUCCCUCGGCGCCGCCUCCCGAGCAGCUGCGGGAGAAGGUGGGGGGCCGCGCGCACGGCUUCUGCUUGGAGACCCCGGGAGAUCUGCCAGGCGAGCAGUGGCGAGCUGGAGGGAAAAGGCCUCCCGCCGGCGCAUUCCUAUGGGAUUCUUUCCUGGGUCGGCCGCUGCGGCCCUCCCCGCGGAGGGCGUGAAGCGACGUCGAACAACAUCGGCCCGGCGUGGUCGGGACUACUUUCUGCGGCUCGGCCGGGCCGCCGCCUGCUCCGCUCUUUGUGCGGUCGCCGCCGGCCGAGCCAGGUGGAGGUCCCGGCACACGCUGCCUGACACCUGGGCUGGGGACGCGGGAGGCGGCGGGCCGGCUGCGGAGCUUCAGGCCGUGCGCGGGGAGCCGCGCGGGGCCCAGCACAGGGUGACGAGUUCAAUCUUGGGGCUUGGAAAUGGGUUUACGCUUUUCUCUGUUAAAGAAAAUAAAGAUUAAUGCUGCUUACACCAGCUAAACGUGAUACGGGGAGAUGUCCAAACGCCAACUCAGAACAGAGAUUUUUAUUUUCUCGUGGCUUUCCAGAAUUACAGACCAUCCCCAGAAUUAGGUCCCACAAGGACUAAAGAUUUCUAAUCGGCCAGGUAAAAUUCCAGGAUAAAUGCGUCAGCACCUAAGACAGAGCAAAGGGACAAUUGGUAAGGACUGCGCUUGGGAUUUUACGAGUUGCAUUUAUAGAUAAAUCUUUGCCAUUUUUUUGAUCAGCUCGCAGCUUGAGGAGAAAAAGAUUCACCAGAAUCUCAGCCUGGUUUUGCACAGCGUCUGCUGCUUUUGAUGCUUCCCGGUGGAACAGCCCAAACAUCCACCCCGUAAAAAGAAGUGGCAACUUCAGCUGAGGAGGCAACUCCAGCCAGAGUUAACCAUAAUGGAGCCAUCAGGUGAAUUCCGUACGGCUGUCACAGGCCCUUACCUGGAGGCAGACGGGCGAGCAAGUGGAGGAACUUCCACCAUGUUACUUAUACAAAAAUUUCUCCUUAACUGCAAGACCUCCUGCGGGUGCCUGAAACCAUGGAUAGCACCCAGCCCUACAUAUACCGGUUUUACCUAUGCAUAUGUACCUGAGUUAAAGUUUAACUUAUCAAUUAGGCACACGAAGAGAUUAACAACAAUAACUAACCAUAAAAUAGAUCAAUUACAGCAAUAUACUGUAAUAAAAGUUUUGUGACUGUGGCCUGUCUCUCAAACUAUCUUUCCUGUACUCACUCUUCAUGUGAUGAUGUGAAAUGAUAAAAUGUCUACACGAAAGAUGAAGUGAAGUGAAAUGAUGCAGGCAUUGGGACGUAGCCUUAGGCUACUAUUGACUUUUGACAACAGUCAGAAGAAGAAUGAUCUGCUUCCCAUCGUGGUUGGCUGCGGGGAACCACUGCAAGCAAAAACCUCUGAUAAGGGGGCACUACUGUACCUCAGUGACAUUGGAGUUCACUGAGGGUUUGCACGCACAUUAUCGUAUUGGCACUAGCCUGGAGUGAGGCAGGAUUUGUUACUUAUUAUCCUCAUUGCACCGAGGAGGAAAAUGAGGGGUUCAAUGACUUCGCCAAGGCCACUCAAGUAGUCAACAGCAGGACCCAAACCCAGCCCAGGUCUUUCAACUUCAGACACUGCUUCUUCCAAGAAAUAUGUGCUGAACUAAGUGAUACAGGUCUGUAAACAGACAGAGGGCAGAAACAGUCAAAUCACUUUCUCCUAAAUUCACCUGAAGAAAGUCUAGUCACCACUGAUUUAAAUUACCUUCUUCCAAGAACCAUGUCAAGACUGCAAAUUUGGCCUACUGGCCUCCUCAAAACAGUUACCCACAGCCAACCACAGUCCCUGUCAUCAGAAGAUCAAGACUAGUAGUCUAAUGUUAUGGUACAAUGUUACUCACCUCACUUCAUCUCAUCUCAUCAUGGGAGCAUUUUAGCAUCUCGUCAUCACAAGCAGAAGGCCAUGCCAGAAAUCUGGGAGGAAUAAUACUCACCUGGGAGACUCUGGGAAGACUGUGGCGGAGGUGAUGUUUGAGCCGAAUCUUGAGAGGGUUCUUCUGACUAGAGAGUGACCACUAACAUUGGCACAGGUGGUCAGGGACCAAACAAGAAGACAGGAUGUCCACGUCUGAGAAACUGGAGCAAGCCUGCCUCAGAAUGAAACCACCGAUCUCAACUGCCACGCUUUGGGCUCAAGGGAACCGUGUACUCGCUUGAUCAAUCUCGAAUAGUUUCUCCAAGUGAUCUGAGGACCCCAACUUCUGAGAAAAGGCACCUUUCUGUAAGCUGUCAGUGGACUCUGAAUAACCUGUCACAGGAGGGGGUGUGGGAGU